AUGCUCCCCUCCCUGCUAUGGUUCCUCUCCUUCCUUCCCUGCUGUGGUUCCUCUGCUCCUCUCCCUACUGUGGUUCUUCUCCUCCCCUCCCUGCUGUGGUUCCCCUGCUCCCCUCCCUGCUGUGACUCCUCUCCUCCCUACCCUGCUGUGGUUCACCUGCUCCCUUCCCUGCUGUGGUUCCUCUCCUCCCUUCCCUGCUGUGGUUCCCCUGCUCCUCUCCCUGCUGUGGUUCCUCUCCUCCCCUCCCUGCUGUGGUUCCUCUCCUCCCCUCCAUGCUGUGGUUCCUUCUCCUCCCUUCCCUGCUGUGGUUCCCACGCUCCCCUCCCUGCUAUGGUUCCUCUCCUCCCUUCCCUGCUGUGUUUCCCCUGCUCCUCUCCCUGCUGUGGUUCCUCUCCUCCCCUCCCUUCUGUGGUUCCUCUCCUCCCCUCCAUGCUGUGGUUCCUCUCCUCCCUUCCCUGCUGUGGUUCCCACGCUCCCCUCCCUGCUAUGGUUCCUCUCCUCCCUUCCCUGCUGUGGUGA